UCAUCCUCUGUGAGCAAUGCCCUGCCAGUCUCAGGAAGUCACCUGGGUUUGGCCGCCUCUCCCUCUCACAGCGCCAUCCCCGCCCCAGGUCUCCCCGUGGCAAUUCCAAACCUGGGCCCCUCCCUGAGCUCUCUGCCUUCUGCCUUGUCUCUGAUGCUCCCCAUGGGAAUUGGAGAUCGAUUAUCUUAUUUAGCUGACAGGCCACCUCCUCAGUACAUCCACCCCAACUCUAUAAAUGUUGAUGGUAAUACAGCGUUGUCCAUCACCAACAGCCCUUCAGCACUAGAUCCCUAUCAGGCCAAUGGAAAUGUUGGGUUAGAAUUAGGUGUUGUUUCAAUAGACUCUCGCUCUGUGAACACACAUGGUGCCCAAAGUCUUCAUCCUAAUGAUGGCCAUGAAGUGGCAUUGGACACAACAAUCACUAUGGAGAAUGUUUCUAGGGUUACCAGCCCGAUCUCUACAGAUGGAAUGGCAGAGGAGCUUACAAUGGAUGGUGUUGCAGGAGAACAUUCGCAAAUCCCUAAUGGCUCCAGAAGUCACGAACCUCUCUCUGUGGAUUCUGUGAGCAACAACCUUACAGCAGACACUGUAGGACAUGGUGGUGUGAUACCCAUUCAUGGGAAUGGUCUGGAGCUUCCUGUGGUCAUGGAGACAGACCACAUCGCAAAUCGGGUCAAUGGGAUGUCUGACAGUGCCCUCAGUGACUCCAUCCACACCGUGGCCAUGAGCACCAACUCUGUGAGCGUGGCACUCUCUACCUCACACAACCUCGCUUCCCUGGAAUCUGUUUCCCUCCAUGAAGUUGGCCUCAGCCUAGAGCCUGUGGCUGUCUCUUCCAUCACACAGGAGGUUGCUAUGGGGACAGGUCAUGUAGAUGUGUCCUCAGACAGCUUGGCUUUUGUACCACCAUCGCUGCAGAUGGAAGACUCCAAUUCAAACAAGGAAAACAUGGCAACCUUGUUUACAAUCUGGUGUACUCUCUGUGACCGAGCCUACCCCUCAGACUGCCCUGAUCACGGACCAGUGACUUUUGUUCCUGACACACCAAUAGAGAGCAGAGCAAGGCUGUCCCUCCCAAAGCAACUUGUUCUCCGCCCAUCCAUUGUGGGGACAGAAGUUGGUGUGUGGACUGCAGAGACCAUUCCUGUGCGCACUUGCUUCGGGCCUCUGAUUGGUCAGCAGAGCCACUCCAUGGAAGUAGCCGAGUGGACAGACAAGGCAGUUAACCACGUCUGGAAGAUAUACCACAAUGGUGUCCUAGAAUUCUGCAUCAUUACAACGGAUGAAAAUGAGUGUAAUUGGAUGAUGUUUGUACGCAAAGCCAGGAACCGUGAAGAACAGAAUUUGGUGGCUUAUCCCCAUGAUGGAAAAAUCUAUUUCUGUACCUCACAAGACAUCCCUCCUGAGAAUGAACUGCUCUUCUAUUAUAGCCGAGACUAUGCUCAACAGAUU